CUGAGAAAACCUAUGGAAAUUCAUAAGUCCUCUGAAAUAGCCAGCACUAAAUGGGUCCUCCCUUGUGUUUGGGUGUUGAACCAUGAGUCUCCCUCCCUCCUUAUGUUUCUCUCAAAAAGGCAUUCAAGAGCCCUGAGCUGGGCAAGGGCUCCAGGGGAUGGACCGGGUGUGGGACAGGGGCUCAGCCCAGCUGCUGCCUCCCCUGGCAGCCUGCUCUGGGAUGGCUUGUCUACCACAGAGCUGGCAGCAGGAGAGAGCCGUGGGUGUGCCAGUGUGCACCAAUGCAGCCUCUGGGUGGAUGGGGCUUGAACACAUUUGUGUGUUUUGAUAACUCUGCCAGUGUGGAACUACCAAUCAGCACUACUUGCACAGGCACCAGCUGUAUCUUCUGCACAGCUCCUUUGUCCUCUCCUUCACUGCUCCAUGCUGCCUGUCCUCCCCCGUGCUGCCUCCGACAUGCUGUGCUCCAGUACUGCCUGUACAAGCCUCUCACAUGCCCGGGCACAAGCUCACUGCAUGUGCGCCCAUCAGUGCAGCUACUUGUGCUGAAUGUCCCCUCCAGCUACGCUGCGUGAGCUGAAGUAUUUCGGAAGCUCAUUCCCACCAAAUGGGGUGGGCAGAAGGGAGAACCAGUGUAUACAUCCAUGUAAUCCAAAAUAGAAGCAGAUCCCAUCGGGGUGGGAACACAGUACUGGCAUGAGUGUUGUUCACAGCCAUCCUCUGCUGAGGUGGGUGUCUUGGAGUCUGGCUGUAAGAACAUGCCCUAAAUAAGCUGUACUCAACCCUUAGGAGUCUUGAACAUGUUUUAUGGUGAUGGGUGGUGUUGAAGAACAUUUUCCUCUGAAUAGCGUCAUGGAGCAGCAACGUAAUACGCUCAAAGUCAUGCAUUAAUUUAAGAGACAAGUAAGACAUUCACCGUCCGCCCCCAUGCCAUGCAUCAUGGCUGCAACCAAUGCCCAGUAAACAUCAAAUCCUCCAUCAGGCUGUGGUCAUCCCCUGGGAGCACAACUUUUGCUGCUUGGUCGCUUCAGUUGGAUUCACUGCAGCACUAGCAGAGGCCCAGGGUUGGGUCCUGCUGCCACUGUGGCAGGGCUGGACAGCCACAUGCUGCUCUCCUGCUCUUGUGGUAGCUUGGAAAUGCACAUGCUGGACAGCAUGAAGGAAGCUGGGGCUAUGGCUGCUUACCAACACCAGUGAGCCUACCCCUGGGUGGAUCAGCACUUCUGGUUAAACGGGUCACUGCCCUUCCUCUUUGGGCCUUCCCCGUCAUCACCGAACGAGACUGCCACUGAGAUGAGUCAAACCGUCAGACAACAUCUGCACCCUCUGCACACCCCGUCCAUGCGCUUGGAUAGUUCAACUGGUGGGCUCAGCCCAGGCAGCGGAAGCAAAGAAACCCUUGUUGACUGGAGGGUGAAAGGCAACUGAGCCUUUUCUGUGUCCCAAGUGCUGCUGGGUGAUCUGGUCCACUCCUGACCAUUUCCCAGAAGCUAGACAGGGCUUGUGAAGACAGCAGUGAGAGAAAGUUUUGCCUUAAAUAGAUAUACCAGGGUUUGGGAUCUGCUAACCUGGAAACUCCUGUAAGUGCACACCUGAGUACUUACUCAUGAGCUGCAAAGUCCUUACCAGGAGAGGAUUAGAGGUUGCUCAACUAAUUACCCAACCAGUCUAUUUGUAGAGGACAAGAGCAUGUGGUUCACCUCUUCAGAAUAGCCUGGAGUGAACUCUAAUAAAUCUGUAGCUUGACACAGAAAAUCCAGUAUGUGCUGGAAGUCUGACCCUGACAACCUCCUGCCAAUGCUUCAGCUGAGAGCUCUAGCCAGGCUUGCCUUCCCUCUCCAGUGGGGUCAGAUGUACCCCAGCUACUUGGAGCUUGUUGUCUAUAUCUGGAAAGCUAACACAUUUGGCAUUUUCUUUCUAUAGCUUUCUUCUUUUAAAAUAUGGACCAAAGAAAGCAUUACUAAUGACAUUCAAAAACCCCUCCUUAAAACUGGCAAAGCCAAGUACCAAAGAGCUAGGAAUUGCCAGAAAUGGGUUUGCCUGGGCAGCCUAACUUCCACUGUCUUGUGUAUAUGAUCACUUCCUGCAUUUUGCCCUGAACUACCACCUCUUCAGCACCCAGGCUGGACCUUGCCUGGAGGGAGCGCUGGUCAGCUAGGCUGCAUCCUUUCUUAGCAGGGGUGGGAAACUCCUAUGCAACUGGUGAAGCAAGGGACUGCAGCAAGAAAGGAGGGUGUCUUGGUAGACAGUUGGUGCCUCCCUGGAGAGCUGGGUCUGUGUCUACCCCUGCCUCGAAGUUACUCUGUGAGUCGGUGAGCCACAUAAGCAAGAGCUUUCACAGGAGCAGCCACGUCUUCCUCAUUUGGCAGAGCUGCUUUACAGAAGUGCUAAAAGUUUGCAGCUGCAGUCACAGGCAUGAGGAUCUUAACUUAAUUUGAUUAAAUUAAGUGUUAUAUAGGGCCAAAACCACUGAAAAAUUUAGAUCCUAGUUGGUUCAAAACAUGUUCAAAACAAAAUGAAUGAGUACUUAUGACCUAAAUCUCUCUUCGUCUCUUCUUUUGCACCUGUUAAAUAGGGAUAACUCCACCUCCCAUCCCGAACCUGAAAAGGUGGCUGAGAAGAUAGAUUAAUUAAUAACCCUGAAGAGCUCACUCAGCACUGAAGCAAUGAGCACUAGAAAGAAUCCAUGAAGAAAUGGAAAAGCAGGAUGUUGGAGCAGACUCUGACUGCAGGACAGCAAUGAAGGAUUCUUCUGAUGAUAUGAGAAAAGUCCAAAGGAGGGAGAAGAAUCGUAUCGCUGCCCAGAAGAGCCGCCUGAGGCAGACCCAGAAAGCGGACACACUGCACUUGGAGAGCGAAGACUUGGAGAGGCAGAACGCUGCCCUGCGCCGGGAGAUCAAACAGCUGACAGAGGAGAUGAAGCACUUCACCUCGAUGCUGAGCUCCCAUGAACCACUCUGCUCCAUCCUGACAUCCCCUCCACCACCUCCAGAAGUGCUUUACGCCACACACUCCUUUCACCAGCCCCACAUUGGCUCCCCACGCUUCCAGCACUGAGCUGGAAGUAGGAUGGCAGCCUGCCAGCUCCACUAAUGUCAAGAAGUAACUUUGUGGGGCUCGCUUUUCCAUCCAAGGGAAGGAAUUGGGCACUUCUUAAAGUGUCUACUCUGAGUGACUUGCCUAAGACUUAGUCCCUAUGCAGAAAUGGCAGAGCCACCACAAAGCAUCUUUGGACAGUUUCCAGCUUGGAUCCUGGGAAGAGGAGGCAGUCACAAAAGGGCACCAACCCCCUUCUCUGGUGCUUGUUUGGGCACACUCACAAGAGCGUGCAGCACUGACAGCCUCCAUAAGCGUGGCUGGAUGUGACACACAACAGCCGGAGCUACAGGAAGAGGAACGGGAGCAGGGGUGGAGGAGAAGGUUGGGGGCCACAUAGUAUCAGGGAAAAAGUGGUUUAUUUUUGUAAAAUAAAGG